AUGGCCAUAUCACUGGGCCUACGCGUCUUGUACGUCUUAGAUAAACAUCUGAAUGGAAAGGAAUGGCUAGUCGGUGAUAAGUGUACAUAUGCCGAUUUGGCCUUUAUUCCCUGGGACAUGGGCAUCCCGUGGAUUUUUAACGAUCGCGCCGGAGAAUUGGAUAUCGAGAAGGAGUAUCCGCACUUCUGGAAGUGGCAUUCGAAGAUGAUGGAGAGACCUUCUGUGGAGAAGAUUAUUAGGGAUAAGGAGGAGGCGUUGAGGAAGAAGGAGGCUGCUGUGAGUGCCUAA